AAUAUCGACCUACUUCAUUGAAUUUCGUAUAAGAGAGCCUCUUGUCGCUAGGAAUUGGUAUCGCCGUGUCGACAUUUUUACCGCCUCCUUACCAUUAUUCUUCCUCGAGCAUCAUCACUACGCCUGCCAAACUUUAGCUAUACCACCAAACCGACCGCCAUGCUGCUAACAAUGUCAACAACCCACCCGCGCACGGAUGACUUCCUAAGUCUACUCUCACACUGGCAUGUCCACAAGGCCGAAUCAACAUUCCUCAAGCGCUUCAGUAUGCGGUGCCUAGAAGUCGUCGCGCUGGCGGUAGUCAUGCUCUUUGUUCCAUUUACGAUGCAACACGUUGUCCAAGGCUUGGAUGAGAUCUACGAGCUAUUGGGUCGAAGAGCACGAUCACCAUACGCGGUAGCCUCGUGGACGAGCAUCGCUCUAGCCGCCGUCAUGCUGCUAGGCUGGCAUGUAUGGCUUGGUCGAUUGAGUUACAGAACGAUUCUAGAAGCAGCAUCGAUACCGAUGGAGGAUACAACCAUUACACCUGCAGAAGGGGAAGUAUUUGAAGAGAGAAAGUCGCAAGAGAUACGGAUUUCAUGGGGUCGUGUACUGAGUCGUAUCGUCAUACCUUGUCUACUCCUAAUAUUGGGUUCGCACUUCAUCCUCCAAAUCAUCACACGUAUCAGGGAUCCGAGACCACGUAUUACACUCAAUACAGUCGACAUGCAAGAAGCUAUAGGGCAGUUGUAUGGGUUUCGAUGAUGCACCCCGUAUGUCGAGGCAAGAACUCGGAGUGGCAAAGUUGCGGGUAGUGAAGAUGAAGAAAGAAGCACGAAGUCCAGAAUCGGGCCAUAUAAAGGACACAUACGAAUUGAAAGAAGGGUCUACCCGAACGACAACCCGGCGAUUGAAGAACGAUCGACACUACACAGGCAAGAGACGACGCGACGACGUGUUAAAGCGGUGGUCUUUACCCCAGAAUUUCUUCGGCUCAACUCCGGUCCCGUCCAUCCCGUCCAGGGUCCCGCCUUCUCCGCACGAUGACGUA